GCAUCUGGAAAACAUUGAGGAGAGAGAGAGAGUAAAGGAAAGAGGCAGGGAAAGACAAAGGCAGAAAACUGUGAGAGGAAAGGCUUUUAAAUUUCAUCAAAGCCGUUACGACUGAAAUUAUGUUUAAGUUCCAAUUCUGUAGAAAAACAGGUUAACUUAUAAAACCAGACAGGCUUAGUUUAUCCAGAAGGCAGAAAAGGAGAAGCAGGAAAAGCUGACUGAGGCGUCUGGCCGGUUCAGAGAGAGACUCUGGGACUUUUGUCAAGCUAACAAAGGGAGUUUGGCUUUAAGAAGAGAGUGAAGAGAAACAAAAGAAGUAAAAGUCAACUUCAGGAUGUCUGCGUCUCAGAGGUGCUUUUGCUGCGUUAAAUACUUGAUGUUUGUCUUCAAUCUUGUCUUCUGGCUGGGAGGAUGUGGCUUGUUCGGCGUCGGGGUCUGGCUGUCCUUCACACAGGCAGAGUUUUACUAUCUUUCGUCGUCCUUUCCUUCGCUCUCAGCCGCCAAUCUGCUGCUGGUUGCCGGUGGCAUCACUAUGGUGACAGGAUUUCUGGGUUGCCUUGGAGCUCUGAAGGAGCAGCGCUGUCUUUUGUGCACCUUCUUUGUAAUCCUGUUGAUUCUGGUCCUGACAGAGGUCACCAUGGUGCUGGUUUUAUACUAUCUACACGACCAGGUGGAGUUAUAUGCCAAGUCUAAUCUAAAGGAUGGGAUGAAGAAAUAUGCCUCAGAUCCUGAACUGCAAAAUUCAUGGGACAAUGUGCAGAAAACAUUUAAAUGCUGUGGGGUGAACAACAGAACAGACUGGUAUGACGUGCUAAACAACGACCUGCCCUCAUCCUGCUACCUUGGCUUAACGAAAGAGCCAGGGAAAGAAUGGAAUAAGGGGUGCUACGAAACAGCUAAAAACUGGCUGAGCAACAACAUCAGCUCCAUGCUGGUGUUCGGCGUGUGCAUCGGUGUCGUACAGAUUCUGGCCCUGGUGUUCUCCAUGCAGAUGUAUUGUCAAAUUCUUCAUGCUGAGAAGAACAUGGACUGACAGCGGGUUACCGGCUAACAUGCACCAGAUUCUUAAACGCUGAGGGGGAAACCUGCAGCCACUAUACAGGGUUCCAUGAAAUGAGAACAGUUUAAAUGUAAAGAUGUCGUUAAAAUGCUCUGAAGUGACCGAUGAAACGGUCCAGAAAUAAUUGAUGUGUUUUUUUAUUUCUUUAUAUCACGUUGGUUUGUACAUUUAUAUUUUCCAGCAAAAUGAAUGCAUGAAUCUGAACUGGAUUAGUUAAUUGUAAAUACUAACAACACUGUUAUGUUUCAUUCUUCAUCAUGUGUUCAGAUCCCUGAUUAGUUGACAUGUAAUCAUCUCACAUCUCUCUCAUAACACCGUCUAUAGUUUAAGGCGGAGGUCUUCAACGGGGGUCCACGACCCCUAGGGGGUCCACGGAGGUACUGCAUGGGCGGUCGCAAAAGUUUUGGUUAAUUAGACUUUUUUUUAUUCCCCCCUGCAAUUUUUUCCACUAAUUAAAAAGUCUUUAAAUACACAUUAACA